AUGAGGCCGGGUGGCAAGGCAGCCGCCGCUUGGUGCAUAUUGUUGCCCUCGCUCUUGUGGACCGCGGUCCUUGCUAAAGAUGAACCGUCGAUGACGGUCAAUACUUUUGAGAAUCCGCCUUUGAACAUCAACUACUUCGAGGACAGUGACGUUGUCAUCUUCGAAGACAAAAUCGAAGGCAAUGUCUAUCGGUCCGCAGACGCAGGCGUCUCAUGGAAACGGGUCGAUUCUGUCCCCGAUGGCAAGGUCAUCGAACUCAUCAUGCACCCGUUCGACAAAAAACGGGCCUAUAUAACUACCCGCAGCAAAACCCAAUUCAGAACUGAAGACCGCGGAGAGACGUGGACCAAGUUCAAUACCCGAUCACUACCCAGCAAGUUUCAACCAGAAGUCAUGGUCUUCAACGCUGGCGAUCCCGAUCGAAUCAUAUUCAAUGCCAUGGAUUGCGAUGGAAUCUUUUGCGACGAACAGUCAAUGUAUACGAUCGACGGUUUUAAAAACACUCGAGCCCUUCGUGUCAACACGGUCGGGUGCUGGUGGGCCAAGUCGUCUCUCGAGUUUACCACUGGCGAACAGGAAAAGGACAAGUCGCGAGUGCUCUGCAUCGUGAGGAAUUCUAUAUCUUUCUUCAGGCAGGAACAGAAACUUGUUAUUUCUGAUAAUUUCUUCGCCGUCAAGAGCGAGCAAUUUCAAGAAUUCGAACCAAAUAUCGGCGCCAACAAGGGCCUUAACGGGUUCCUCAAUUUGGCCGUGGUGAAAAAGUACCUAUUGGUGGCGACGUCCUCCGCGCACAGCGACGAAAUGGCUUUGUAUGUAAGCGAUGACUCCAAAAGAUGGCACCGAGCCAUGUUCCCCAAGGACGAUAGUCACGACCACUCGCAUAGGAUCAACCAAGGCGCAUACACUGUCCUGGAGGGCACAAACUAUAGCAUUCAGGUUGACGUCAUGACAUCUCAUCCUUCACGGCCCAUGGGCGUUCUAUUUACGAGCAAUUCGAAUGGCACCUACUUCACCGAGAAUAUUCCGUACACCAAUCGUAAUACUAAAGGCAACGUUGACUUUGAAAAGAUCUCUGGUAUUCAGGGCAUCUUUCUCCUGAACACUGUCAGGAACGGCGCAGAAGUGGCCAAGAAGAGGACGGAGAAGAUUAUCCAGAGCCAGAUCAGUUUUGACGAUGGCAGGACAUUUUCGGAAAUCAAAUCCGGCGACGAUAGGUUACAUUUGCACUCGGUCACGGAGCUUGACAAUGUAGGCCGUGUCUUUUCCAGCCCUGCCCCAGGUUUGGUCAUGGGAAACGGCAACACGGGCGAAUCCCUGGGGAGUUUUGCCGAUGCCGACCUGUACGUCUCUGACAACGCUGGGUCGAUCUGGAAGAAAGCUCUGGAUGGGCCUCACAAGUACGAAUUCGGCGACUCGGGCUCAGUUUUAAUCGCCGUUAAGAACUCAAAAAAAGCCGACAUCAAAGAGUUUUCCUAUUCACUUGAUCACGGAGAUAGUUGGAGUCAAGUGCCUCUGCCCAAGGGUCUCAGCAUUAAGCCGGACCUGUUAACCACGACCCAGGAUUCCACCAGCCUGAAGUUUCUGCUUUUGGGGGAAAAGGACCGCACCUUUCACAUGAUUGCUAUUGACUUUAACGGGCUCAAAGAGAGAACCUGCGAGGACAAGGACAUGGAAGUCUGGCACGCUAGAGUUGACAGGGACGGCAAUCCGAGCUGCGUCAUGGGCCACAAGCAGACGUUUUCUCGCCGCAAGAAAGCCGCAGACUGCUUCAUCAAAAAGCCGUUCGAGGACCCUGUUCCCGAGACAGAGGACUGUGAAUGUAGCGAUGCCGACUUCGAAUGCGACUAUAACUUCCAAAGAGGCAAAGACAACACUUGUGAAAAGGCCGGUCCUAUCCCUGCGCCCGAUGACGAGUGCAAGAACAAUCCCGAUGGCACGUUUAAGGGCUCGUCGGGCUGGAGGCUGAUUCCUGGGAACACGUGCAAAAGAAGGAGUGGCGAGCAAAAGGACGACAAGGUGGAGCGAAAAUGCUCUGAAGGCGACACAAAGCCUUCACCACCGCCUGCCACAGGCGAGGUUACUUUGAAGCAGAAAGUCUUUGACUUUAGCCACGGGGAAUUCGAGAAGAUAUAUCUCGAGAAGGGCGAUGCAAGCACCUCCACAGACGAGACUGUUAUUUUGUGGCCAGCAUCAGAUGGGAAUCAAAUAUGGUUGUCUCACGACCAUGGCAAGGAGUGGAAGCGCGUUCUUGAGGGCGAGAAAAUCCGCGGCGUUUUCCCACAUCUCCACUUCAGUGAUGUUGUUUACUUUAUAACUGACAGCAAGAAAAUCAUUUACACCGUUGACCGUGGUCAGUCCUUCCACACCUUUGAAGCCCCAUCAAAGCCAAAGACAGGCGUCAUGCCUUUCGCAUUCCACCCUGACAGGAAGGACUGGCUCAUGUGGAUGGGAGAGGCGUGCGAGAAGGUUGGGGGCAAAAAGUCUUGCUUCUCAGAAGUAUCUCUUUCGAGAGAUCGUGGAGACAAUUGGAAGACGCUCCGACGCUACGCGGAGAAAUGCGAGUUCACUGGUAGCUCCGCGUACAAAUUCCGCGACGAGAAGCAGAUCCUUUGCCUGGUCAACAGCGAAGAGCGAAUGGAUUCAAACCUCACCGUCAUGACGAGCGACAACUUUUUUGACGAUGAGCCAGUGAAAUUUGAUGGACAAGUCCUCAACUUUGCAACCAUGAGCGAGUUCAUACUUCUGGCUAGCAAGGACCCCGAGACUGGCGCCACACGUGCUGCCGCCAGCAUGGAUGGCAAGAACUUUGAGGCGGCCCGUUAUCCUCACAACUUUCACAAGGGGCACAACGAUGAUUACACGGUGCUCGACAGCUCGACGCAUGCCGUCAAUCUUUUCGUUCGUUCCGAGGCUGGCGGUGGCCGCCUGUAUGGUUCCAUUAUCAAGAGCAACUCCAACGGCACAUCGUAUGUCGUCAGCGCGGUCAACGUCAACAGCGACGCAGAAAUGUACGUCGACUUUGAAAAGGUUGCCGGGCUGGAGGGUGUCGCUCUGAUCAAUGUGGUUACCAACACCGACAACAAGAAGGAGACGAAGAACACAUUGCAGACCAAGGUUUCACACAACGAUGGAUCCCAGUGGGGAUACCUGGCGCCUCCCGCAAAAGAUGUGCAGGGCAAGUCAUACUCUUGCAGCAGUGCCAAGGGAGACAGUAGGUGUGCCCUUCACCUGCACCACUACACAGAGCGCGACGACAAGAGCCGAAAAUUCGCCGCAGAAACCGCGGUAGGGUUCAUUUUCGGCGUUGGCAAUGUAGGGUCCAGCCUCGGUGACAUCAAGGACGCGGAUACGUUCCUGAGCACCGAUGGGGGCAUCAGCUGGGCGAAUGUAAAGAAGGGGCACUGGACCUGGCAGUACGGUGACCAAGGAUCCAUCAUGGUACUUGUCCAGCGAGCCACUCGCAAGAACGAUGUCAGAACCAAGAUUGUGUCCUACUCUACCGACGAAGGCAAGACGUGGAAAGACAUGGAGUUCUCCGGAAGCGAGGUUACCGUGUUGGACAUCACCACGCUUCAGUCGGGCACCUCUCGAAAUUUUCUUUUGUGGUGCCGAGACAGCAACGGCAACAUGGUUACAGUCAACCUCGAUUUCAGCGGCCUCGCAGAUAAGCCAUGCAAGUAUGACAAAGAUUCGGCAGCCGAGUCGGAUUAUAUCCUGUGGGGACCUCAGCACCCACUACAGGCCGGAAACUGCCUGUUUGGCCAUGAGUCCAAGUUUCUUCGCAAGAAGACUGAUCGCAAAUGCUACAACAAUGAAAACCUCAAGCGGUUGGUGGAGUAUAAAAAUUGCCCCUGUACACGGGAGGACUUUGAGUGCGCCUACAACUUCGAACUGGAAGACUCCGACUCUCAGCAGUGCCGACUGGUCAAGGGCUACCAACCUCUGUCGGGCAAGGAGUGGUGUUCCAGAAAUCCAAACGCGACCUCAUAUUUUGAUCCGACGGGGUAUCGUCGCAUCCCCCUGUCCACCUGUGAAGGCGGCAGGGAGCUGGAUAAGGCAUCUGAAGAGCAUCCAUGCGAAGGUCACGAGGACGAGUUUGAGCGGAAGCAUCGAACGUCGGGCACGACGAUAUUCUUUGCCGUGGCGAUCCCUUUUGCACUGGCCGGGGCCGUCGGCUGGUGGGUUUAUCGCAACUGGGAUGGCAAGUUUGGCCAGAUUCGCCUGGGCGACACGUCUUCCACCUUUGACAGCGACCGACCAUGGGUCAAGUACCCCGUUAUUGCGGUGUCGGCCGUAGUAGCCGUCGUGGCAACCCUGCCUCUGCUCGUCGGCGGCCUCUGGCGGUCCGCGACGGGCUCGUACAGUCGAGUCCGGGGCGGUGGUGGACGAAGCUGGUUCUCCAGUAGUGAGAACCGGCGAUUCACGACCAGAGACAGCUUCGCACGGGGCCGUGGUGACUAUGCCGUUGUCGACGAUGACGAAGGGGAGCUGCUAGGGGAAGACAGCGACGACGAGGUGUGA